AUGCCAGACUCUUGCUCAAACCGCAUCUCCUCUCUUUCCACCAAAGCCAGUGAAGUGAACCCCGACCCAACCUCUCAAGUGUCACUGACUUUGCUCUCUCUCUCUCUCUCUCUCUCUCUCUCUCUCUCUCUCUCUCUGUCUGCGUCUCUCUCUCUGUCUCUGUCUCUCUGUCUCUCUCUGUCUGCGUCUCUGCCUCUCUCUGUCUCUGUCUCUGUCUCCCUCUCUGUCUCUCUCUUUCUCUCUCUCUCUCUGUCUCUUCUCUCUCUCUCUCUCUCUGUCUGUCUCUCUCUCUCUCUCUCUCUCUCUCUCUCUCUCUCUCUUCUCACUCAUCACUCUCUCUGUUUCUUGAGUCUCACAACGCUUCGCAAGCAGCUGGCAACCGAGCGCAAUGCAUCCAAGCAAGCCCACUAUCAACGCAUCAACGCCAUUCGGCAAACCCGCGAACAAGCCCAGUCUGAGAAAAACUCUGAACUAGACGUUCAACGCCAGAAGAUGCUCGAAUCGCAAGCUCGCGAAAUUCAACGUCUCAAAGAGCAGCUGCUUCGUGAACAACAGCGUGCGCACGAUUCUUAUGCUCGCCAACGCGAUGAAGAGUUUCUGUCUCAUCGCAAGCAGCUCCACCAAGAGCAACUUGAACAUGAAAACUUUCUUCGCUCCGAAGUCAAAGCCGAGACCACCUUGGAGGUAGAGGGCAAGACCAUGGCUGAACUGCAACACUUGGAAGCCAAGCUCUAUGAGGCCGAGCAAAAAGCUCACAAGUACCAACAUUUGUAUGAGCAAAUGGCUGAAGCCAACUCAGACAAGGCUGAGCAAAUUCGCCACCUGGCUCGCGAUCACGACGAAAGCUUUAACCGAAUGCAGCGUGCCAACAACGUCUCCCUGAAGCAGGAAAGUGCAGAGCUGCGCAGCAAAGAUCGCGAGAUCCAGCGCCUUACCGAGGAGCUGAGCCGCCAGAAGCGCCAAUUUGACAUUGUCAGUGCUGACAAAGCUGAGCUCGACGCUGAAAACAAGCGCUUCAAGGCAGCCAAGAGUCUAGAGCGCCGUGCUCCUCGCAAACCCAUCAAGGGCAUAGGAACUUAUGAUCCCGCUUUCUCCGGUGGUGCACCCGAGGAGUCGAUCAAUGGUGAUGCCAGCUCACCCGCCGUACGCCGACUGCAAUCCCGUACCAACGCGCAAAAGAAUGAGAUCGAAGAACUCAAGGACAAGAUCUAUGCGCUUGAAGCCCGUCUGGCCGAGGCCAAUGUAGCAGCAGAGGCCUCAAGUACGGACCCACGUGUCAGUGAGCUUGACCGUCGCCUCAAAUUAGCACAAGGCGCAUUAAAGCGUGAAAAGGCCUCCACCCGAGAUGCUCAAAUGGCCAAUGCCAAACACAAGGCCCGUAUCAGUACUCUCGAGACCGAGCUUGCUCGUGUCAGGGCUGUGGCCGACAAGGCAGAGGCCUCGGUCCGGGGUCUCCGGGCCAAACAGCAGCGGCCCUCGUCAGCUGCCGCCGGUGAUUCUGCAGCUCCGCGUGGUGAAGUGGCUCGUCUCACUGCCCGCCUCAAGGAACAAGCUGCACAGCUGCAGGCCGCUCAAGAAGCGCAGGCCAAGCUGGAAGCUGAUCGUCGCAAGUUGCGCGGACGUGUAGCCGCUCUGGAACGCAAAGGCUCAGAUGCUGCCGGCCAGCCCUUGCAACAGCAGGUGCAGCAGCUCAAGGAGGAUAAGGAGAAGGUGCGCGCAGAGAAUCGCCGUCUCAAAGCACAAGUGAAGCAACACAGUGCCGAACAACUUCGCCUCCAGCAAGAGUUGGCCCGUGCUGUGAAACAACCCAGCUCGACUUCUGGCGCUGCUGCUAGCGCAAGCCCUCGUACUCCUCGCUCCAAGGCUAGGGAGCCACAUGCUGCCACCGCCAGUCCGCGUGAGACCCCCCAGGCUCUCAAGGCCAGAAAUAAGGAGCUUGUGCAACAGGUCAAUGGCCUCAAAGCACAGCUGGACGAGCUGCGUAAGCAAGUGCCGGCCAGCCCUGCCGCUGGUGACAAGCAAGCCAAGGCUGCAGAAAAGAAACAGGCCAAACUGGAGGCCGACUUGAGCAGCCAAGAACGCGCUAAAAAGGAGCUGGCGUCGCGCAAUGCCGCAUUGAAUAAGGAAAACGCUCAGCUCAAGAGGGACCUGGCUGCUGCUGAGAAAAAGGCCGAUGUGCUCGGGCCAAAGGCAGAGAAGCUGACUGCUGAUAACAGAGCGCUUACUGCGCAGGUCAAGGCGUUGGAGCAGCAAUACAAGGAUGCUGAGAAGCAGCGAAAACAGAUGCAAUCGGGUGCUGCCAAGAGUGAAAGUGCCCUGCAAGAGCAGCUGCAGGCCCAGGCAGCUCUCAUGGAAAGCUUGAAGGCUAAAGAGACAAGUCUCAAUCAAGCUGCAAGCGAUUUGCAGGCACAGCUCACGGCCAAUCAGGCUGAGCUGGAACAGACGCAGGAGAAGCUACGCGCUGCUUUGACUGAUCUGAAGAAGGCGCGGCAUGGCGCUGAUGACCAAGCUGCGCUCCAAGACCAAGCCUCAGCCUUGCAGCUCACCAACUCAGCCCUGGCAGAGGAGAAUGAUGACCUUCGUGAUCAGCUUGCCCGUUUGCAGGCUCAACUUGAGGAUGCGCAGUCUCAACAACCCUCGUCCCAAAACGAAAGCACCUUCGAAUCUGCCACUGCGCCUCCGCCGACAGUGGAGGAAAGCACGUCGUCUCAGCCGGCUGCCUCGCAUGCUGUGGCAGCGGCUCAGGAACGCAAGGUGAAGCGGCAACAAGCGAAACAAGACGCUGAAGCUCGCAAGGCCCAGGAGAAAGCCGAGGCCGCUCGCAAGGCCGCUCGCAAGGCCGAAGAGGAAGCCGAGGCCGAGGCCGCUCGCAAGGCUGAAGAGGAAGCCGAAGCCGAGGCCGCUCGCAAGGCCGAAGAGGAAGCCGAGGCCGAGGCCGCUCGCAAGGCCGAAGAGGAAGCCGAGGCCGAGGCCGCUCGCAAGGCCGAAGAGGAAGCCGAAGCUGAGGCCGCUCGCAAGGCCCAGGAGGAAGCCGAGGCCGAGGCCGCUCGCAAGGCCGAAGAGGAAGCCGAGGCCGCUCGCAAGGCCGAGACCGAGGCUGAAGCUCUUGGCUUGGAUGAGAACGACUUUGUCUUGCACCGAGCGCUGUAUGAUUACGAUCCAGAGACCAUGUCGCCCAAUGAUGAUGUAGAGGAGGAACUGCCUCUCCGCGAAGGUGAGGAAGUCAAGGUCUUUUAUGUGGACGACGACGGCUUUGCGUUUGGCGAGAAUGCGACUGGUCGUCGUGGCCACAUGCCCUCAAACUUUCUCGAAGCCCUUGAGGAUACCGCUACUGAUGGUGCAAUUGCUGAGAAAGUGGCUGAGGGCCAAGAGAAGGCCGAGGCCGAGGCUGUUGGCUUGGAUGAGAACGACUUUGUCUUGCACCGAGCGCUGUAUGAUUACGAUCCAGAGACCAUGUCGCCCAAUGAUGACGUAGAUGAGGAACUACCGCUCCGCGAGGGUGAGGAAGUCAAAGUCUUUUACGUGGACGACGACGGCUUUGCAUUUGGCGAGAAUGCGACUGGUCGCCGUGGUCACAUGCCUUCAAACUUUCUCGAAGCCCUUGAGGAUACCGCCACUGACAGUGUGGUGCCUCAAGCUGCUGAUGCUGAUGCUCGGGUGUAUCGUGUCCUGUAUGACUAUAUUCCUACGGAGAUGUCUCCGAACGACGAUGUCUCGGACGAACUUACCUUGCGCGAGGGCGAGGAAGUCAAGGUUUUUUACGUUGACGGAGAUGGUUUUGCGCAUGGCGAAAAUGCUCGUGGUGAGCGUGGUUCUAUGCCAUCCAACUUUUUGGAGCCUGUAUCAACUGACGAACACAAGCAAGCCGAGGGGCCCGAAUAUGUUGAGCAAGCCGAACACGAAGAACCUGAGCAUGUCGCAGAGCCCGAGCAGGUCGAGGAGCCCGAGCAGGUCAAAGAGCCCGAGCAGGUCGAGGAACCCAAGCAGGUCGAGGAGCCCGAGCAGGUCGAGGAGCCCGAGCAGGUAGAGGAGCCCGAGGCAGGGGCGACGACGGAAGAAAGCGAGGGUGAUUAUUUCCAAGUGUUGUACGAUUAUGACCCACAGGAGAUGUCACCCAAUGAUGACGUGAGCGACGAGCUACCUCUCCGAAAGGGUGACAUCGUCCAAGUCUUUGCGAUCGAUGAAGACGGUUAUGCCACGGGUAUGGACAGCCAGGGUCGCCAGGGGGUUAUUCCUUCCAAUUUCUUGCAACCAAUGAACCCUGCCGAAGUUGAUGCUGCCCGUCAGGCAGGCCAUCGUGUGCCUGGUAGCGUAAGCGAAACUCAGGUUGCCGAUGCCGGCACCAGUGAUGAACCUGUGUCAUCCACGGCUGAUCCUAUCAACCUGAAUGAACAGCGUGUCACGUACUGGCAGGUACUGUACGACUAUGGGCCUGAUGCAUCGCCCAACGAUGACCCCACUGACGAGAUUCCCAUCACCGCGGGCGAAGUGGUCAAGGUCUUUAGCGUUGAUGACGACGGCUUUGCAUUUGGAGAGAACUCCAAGGGCCAGCGCGGUUAUAUGCCGAGCAAUUUCAUGGAACGUAUCAGCGAGAAGUCUGCGCGCAUGCUGUUGGGCAGUGGUGUGGUGGAAGCUGGUGGCCCCCUGAGCCCGCCGACUGCUGUCCACGUUGCAGAAGUUGGUACAUCAUCUGUUACAGUGGCCUGGACCUGUCCCGAGAACGUGGGACUUGUGGACCGGAUCGAGUUGUAUGUUGACGGCAAGUUGGAGGCAGAUAUCUUAGACCCUGCCGGGGCGACCUCCUACACGAUUGAGCGAGAUCCCAACAUGGAGUUUACCGUCAUGCUGACCUCGGUUGGAUUUGAUGACGAAAAGGCCAGUCUACCCGCUCCGUUUGUCGUGACGGCCCCUGCCGUUGCAGACUCCGACCAGGGCCAGGAGCAGGGUCAAGAGCCCACGCCGGAAAGCGAGACUCGCAUCAUUUCCCACCCAGAGAGCAAUGAGCGUCGUCGCUUCCUUGUGUUGUAUGAUUAUAACCCAGAACAAGACUCGCCCAAUGAUGAUUUUGGUGAGGAACUGACGCUGGUUCAAGGCCAAGAAGUCAUUGUCAUUGGCGAUGUUGGUGAAGACGGGUUUUUCCAAGCCGAGUCCUUGUCAGGACAAGCUGGGUUGAUUCCAUCAAACUAUGUGGAGCCCGUGGAUGAUGCCGCCAGCGGUGGCGUAGAUGGUGAUGCCAUGUCAGAUGGACGUUCCGAGAUGGAGGACGAGGGUGACUUUUUGCCUGGUGAUAUGGUCAGCGCCAUGUACGACUAUAACCCCAGCGAGCUGUCGCCCAAUGAUGACACGGAAACGGAGCUGGCCUUCCAUGCGCUGGAUGUGUUGCGUGUAUUGAGCCCGAUGGAUGAGGAUGGUUUCAUUAUGUGCGAGCACACUGCGAGCAAGAAAAAGGGCUUGGUUCCGAGCAACUUUGUGCAGGCUCUGGACAUGGGUAUUGAGGCCGAGGCGCAGGCGCUGGUUGAGGCCAAGGACGAAGAGCCAGCAAGCGCGGCGACCAAUGGAAAGGAGUCCAAGCGCAAGGGUUUGUUCGGCUUCCGCAGCAAGCGGAGUUAG